CGGCAGUUAACGCUGCUACAAGGACUUUACUAUUUUUGAAGAUUGUUACGGUCAGCCAAAUCGUAUUACGGAUAUCUUACGUAUACUUGUUUGCUGCUGGGUCGCACUGCGCUAUCUGAAUUGAGUUUCAAGAAGGUCUUCGCUUUUUGCAUCACAUUCGACGUGUCCUGUUGUAUCGAGUUUAGAAGCACAAGACGCCUUGUUUAUUCAACACUGCGUUUCAAGGAGUUACAUCUCAGUUGACAGACCCGAAAACGCUGGGAAUACUUAUUGCCAAAGGAAUACACCGUUCGAAUCAACAGGAAAAAGUGAUCACUGUCUCCGGGAUGUAUCAAAGUUUGGCUUUAGCAUCAAACCACGGUCAAUCCGCUUAUCCACAUGAUACGGGGAGCUAUAUUCACUCAACGGGCAAUUCUCCUGUGUAUGUCCCGACCACUCGGGUCCCUUCAAUGCUUCAGACACUGCCCUACCUACAGAGCUGCGACACUGCUCAUCAGACGCACUCCAUAACUAACCACCACGGCUGGCCGCAGGCUGGAGCCGACAACUCUGCGUUUAACCCAGGCAGCCCUCAUCCUUCCUCCGGGUUUUCUUACUCACACAGCCCUCCAGUCAGCGGAAACGUAACCAGAGAAGGAUCGUACCAGAACCCCUUGGUGAUCAGCAAUGGGAGCCGUGUGGAGCAAUACAGCAAUGCCUUAGUCCGCUCUGUCAGCGGGUCUUAUUCUAGCCCCUAUCACACCUACAUGACACCUGAUGUGGCCUCAUCGUGGGCUGCUGGACAUUUUGAGAGUAGCAUGAUCCACAACCUUCAAAGCAGACAGGCCGGACUGGCCGGAAGGCGACCCAGCCUAGAAUUGCUUGAAGAGUUUCCUGGAGAAGGCCGAGAAUGCGUGAAUUGCGGCUCCAUCUCUACACCACUCUGGAGGCGUGAUGGCACAGGUCAUUACCUCUGUAACGCCUGUGGUCUGUACCACAAAAUGAACGGGAUCAACAGGCCACUAAUUAAACCACAGAAAAGACUGCAGACCUCCUCGAGACGCGCCGGUCUGUGCUGUACGAACUGUCACACCACCACCACCACGCUAUGGAGACGAAAUGCAGAAGGGGAGCCAGUGUGCAACGCCUGUGGACUGUACAUGAAACUUCAUGGGGUCCCAAGACCUUUGGCCAUGAAAAAAGAAAGCAUCCAAACACGGAAACGAAAACCGAAAAAUAUGAACAAAUCUAAGAGCUCAACAGGUUCUUCCACUACUGGUACAAGUUCACCCCUACCAAUGAAUAAUUCAGAAAAAGCUUCCACUAUUAAGAGUGAGCCCAGUAUAGCCUCUUCACCAUUUCCAGGUCAAACUGUAGUUUCAGUGACACAGGGAUCAUCUCAUGUAGAUGAACUCGGUGGUCAUUCUGAGCUCAAAUUUGAGGACUACCACUUCACAGCUGCCUCCCUUGCCCAGCAGACUGGCUUAUCAGGCUCUAUGAGACAGGACUCAUGGUGUGCGAUGGCAUUAGCAUAAGGACUUGUGUCUGCAAGGGCAGAAAAAUGGCUUCCAGCCUGCUGUGGUGCUGGUCUCCAAAAAAUAACUACCUAUGGACUUCUAUGAUGAAGCAGCUGAUGUAAAUUAAUUGUUCAGUUUCUAAAUUUGAUUGUACCAGAUCACGUGUGAUGAAAGAUAACACUAAUUUAAUUUUUUUUUCUAGUAAAACAUUUGCAUUAUGUGGUACCUUGGUGUCUUCAUAAAUCUUAAUUUAGUAAAAGUAUGGGAACACAUACACACCCAUUUAUAUUAGGCCAAUAUAUGAGAGUGUGUGUGUAUUUGGAAAAAAAUAUCUCCCAUUGAUUUUUUUCUUUUUUUGUCUUAAAGUGCAAUUAAGGUCGCUUUUAAAAAUGACUUAAAAAAUGGAAGCUUCUGAUAAAUUUGUGGAUAUGUAAAAACAGACUUAUCUGCUGUAUUUUAUUAAAAAUAUAAUGUUAUUUUAUUGUCCUUUGAAUAUUUUGAAUUGAAAUUGUUUUCCUUUUAAGUAAUUUUGACAAUCCAUUUCAAAAUUAAAUACAUAUUCAUAAAGGUGGCUGAAGAAACACGGACAUUUCAUCACAAAUAUUGUUCAACAAUUUUAACCGUCAAUAAAAAUAUUUCUAAUAAAGACUCAUA